UUUUUUUUUCCUCCAUCUUUUGAGAGCCAUGCUUGUCUCUCAGAACUGAGUACUCCCUUUUUAAAAUUCUGGGUCUCUCUGACCUCCUCCUCUCUUUGUAGAUUCUAGCCUACAAAUGGCUCUCCAAUGAGAGAGAAGGAGAGAGAAUUUUGUGCAAUUGUUCGAUAUUUGCUUUGUUUUGGACCUUUGGUUGUGGGUGUACUUAUGCUCUUUUGGGAGGUUUAAAUCCCGCAAAACAAUGCUAUAAUGCUAAAUUUACUUGGAGUUCUUGGCGGGUACCCCUUUUCUUUUCAUGCCAGAAAAAGGUGCCUCUGAAAAGAUUGACAGUAAUUUAUCAAAAGUUGGCUUAUAGAUGUGUAUGCAUUACUUGGGGACUUUUUUAGCUUAGACAUGAAGUGGGUAGUAGUAGAGAAACAGGAAGAAGAAGAAAAAGAAGAAAAAGCAAACCAGCAAGAAGAGUCGGAAAGAGUUUAGUGCUGAUGGGUCUGAAGAUGCAGCAGAGCCACCACCACUCAGUGGCGGUGAGAUUGAAUGAGCAAAUGGGUACCAAAAGAGGGUACACAUUUAUUCAGGCCAACAGGGAUUGGCUCCCCAAAUUUCUGCUGCUUUGGAUCAUUGUUAUGGCAUUCUUGAGCAUGAUGAUCUACAAUGGUAUGGAUGAUGAUAAUAAAGUAAGGAGGAAGGAGAUUCUGGGAAGCAUGUGUGAUCAGAGAGCUAGGAUGUUGCAAGAUCAGUUUAGUGUUAGCGUUAAUCAUGUGCACGCCCUCGCCAUCCUCGUUUCCACCUUCCACUACUACAAGAACCCUUCAGCAAUUGAUCAGGAGACUUUUGCCGAGUACACAGCUAUGACCGCUUUUGAGCGGCCAUUACUGAGUGGGGUAGCCUAUGCACAGAGAGUGGUAAAGUCAGAGAGAGAAAGUUUCGAGAGGCAACAUGGUUGGAUAAUAAAGACUAUGGAGAGGGAGCCUUCACCGGUGCGAGAUGAGUACGCACCGGUGAUAUUCACUCAGGACAGCCUCUCUUAUCUUGAAUCACUUGACAUGAUGUCAGGAGAGGAAGAUAGAGAAAACAUUUUGAGGGCGAGGGCUACUGGGAAAGCUGUUUUGACAAGUCCCUUCAGGCUGCUGGGCUCUCAUCAUCUUGGUGUUGUGCUGACAUUCCCCGUUUACAAAUCCAAGCUCUCUUUAAGCCCAGCAGUGCAAGAGCGCAUUGAAGCAACUGCAGGAUACGUUGGUGGAGCCUUUGAUGUUGAGUCCCUUGUGGAGAAUUUACUUGGCCAACUUGCUGGGAAUCAGGCGAUUUUAGUGAAUGUGUAUGAUGUCACCAACUCCUCUGAUCCCCUAAUCAUGUAUGGUCACCAAUAUCAAGACAGUGACUUGUCUCUUUUUCAUGAAAGCAAGCUUGAUUUUGGGGAUCCUUUUAGGAGUCAUCAAAUGAUAUGUAGAUAUCAUCAGAAGGCACCCAUGUCAUGGACAGCACUCACCACCGCGUUCUUGUUCUUUGUGAUUGGUUUACUGGUAGGUUAUAUCUUAUAUGGCGCAGGAAUUCACAUUGUUAAAGUUGAGGAUGAUUUCCAUGCAAUGGAAGAACUGAAAGUUCGAGCAGAAGCUGCUGAUGUUGCUAAAUCCCAGUUUCUAGCGACUGUCUCUCAUGAAAUUAGAACACCCAUGAAUGGCAUCCUUGGAAUGCUUGCUCUGCUUCUAGAUACAGAAUUAAGUUCAACUCAGAUGGAUUAUGCUCGAACUGCUCAAGCCUGUGGGAAGGCACUGAUAGCAUUAAUUAACGAGGUGCUUGAUCGGGCAAAAAUAGACGCUGGCAAGUUAGAGCUGGAAGCAGUCCCAUUUGUCGUCAGAUCCAUACUAGAUGAUGUCCUCUCUUUAUUUUCUGAGAAGUCUAGAAACAAGAACAUUGAGCUUGCAGUGUUUGUUUCCGAUAAAGUUCCUGAAAUUGUUAUGGGGGAUCCUGGGAGAUUCAGACAGAUUGUUACAAAUCUUGUAGGGAACUCUGUUAAAUUCACAGAACGAGGACAUAUAUUUGUUAAAGUCCAUCUAGCUGAACAAGCAAUGGCCAUGGUAAAUGCAAAAGCUGAAACUUGCUUAAAUGGAGGAUCAGAUAGAAGUAUGUUUUUAUCUGGUGGCCGUGAGUUUAAAACCUUAAGCGGUUGCGAAGUUGCUGAUGAGCGGAACAGCUGGGAUAUCUUUAAGCAUCUAGUUGCUGAUGAAGAACUCCGUGCUGAAGCUUCACAUAGCAUGAUGAACACUAAUGAAGCUUCUGAACGUGUCACUUUGAUGGUAUGUGUGGAGGAUACAGGAAUUGGGAUUCCAUUAUGUGCCCAGGAUCGCGUUUUCAUGCCCUUCAUGCAGGCAGAUAGCUCAACGUCUAGACAUUAUGGAGGAACUGGUAUAGGCUUGAGCAUUAGUAAGUGUCUGGUUGAGCUAAUGGGUGGUCAGAUAAAUUUCGUAAGCCGACCUCAGGUUGGCAGUACAUUUUCAUUCACUGCUAUUUUUGGGAGGUGUAAGAAAAAUGCCUGCGGUGACAUGAAAAAACCUAUUUCUGAAGAUUUGCCUUCUGGUUUUAGAGGAUUAAAAGCAUUAGUAGUUGAUGAGAAACCAGUUAGAGCUGCUGUCACCAGAUUCCAUUUAAAGAGACUAGGUAUCCUGGUUGAAGUUGCUAGUAGCUUCAAAAUUGCAAUUGCUAAGACCGGGAAAAAUGGUUCUCUUAAAUCUCGAAACUUCCAGCCAGAUUUAGUUCUAGUUGAGAAGGAUUCAUGGAUGUCUGGUGAGGAAGGUGGUUUGAAUGUUUGGCUCUUGGACUGGAAACAGAAUGGGCAUAUUUUUCAGUUGCCUAAGAUGAUUCUUCUCGCAACCCAAAUCGAAAAAGGUGAACUUGAUAAAGCAAAGGCCGCUGGUUUUGCAGAUACUGUGAUCAUGAAACCUAUGAGGGCAAGUAUGGUUGCUGCAUGUCUUCAACAGGUGCUGGGGAUAGGGAAGAAGAGGCAGCAGGAGAAAGACAUGCCUAAUGGAUCGUCUUUCCUUCAGAGCCUUCUUUGUGGCAAGAAAAUUUUAGUGGUUGAUGACAAUUUGGUUAACCGCAGAGUUGCUGAAGGUGCACUAAAGAAGUUUGGAGCUGACGUAGAGUGUGCUGAGAGUGGCAAAGCUGCACUGGCACUGCUUCAACUACCCCAUAAUUUUGAUGCCUGCUUCAUGGACAUUCAAAUGCCAGAAAUGGAUGGGUUUGAGGCAACCCAACGAAUACGCCUAAUGGAGAGCAAGGCAAAUGAGCAAAUGAAUGGCGGAGCCACUGAUGAAGGAGCUAUUAGAAAGGGAGAGUGGCAUGUGCCAAUAUUAGCCAUGACAGCUGAUGUUAUUCACGCGACGUAUGAUAAGUGCCUUAAAUGUGGGAUGGAUGGAUAUGUCUCAAAGCCCUUUGAGGAACAGAAUCUUUACCAGGCGGUUGCCAAGUUUUUCAAAUCCAACCCCAUCUCUGACUCAUGACAAGAUCUUCUGCACUCUUGUGCACCAGAAAAACCUAAAGUGGCAACAUUUAUGGCAGGCUGAAAUGUACCAGCAAUUUUAACACUGCUGGUCUAUUUUGUUUUCCUGCAGAUUGACGACUCCGAAAAUUCUCAACCGACCUUGUUUACAGGUUCAGCCAAUUAUUUCUAACCAUGUUCAAUUUGACAUGAUUAGAUUUCUAGUGCAUGUAUACUGCUACAAAUUUCUCCAUUCCCCACUUGUAUUUAUAGAUCCUUAGAUGGGGAAGGAGCCAAAUUGUGUAAAUCAUAUAUUUUUGUAUGCUUUCCCUGGAACUUUCUUUUGCUAAGGGGCUUCAAUACCUUAAUUUGUAUAAUUCUCUUGUAGAA